CACCAACUUGCUCCAACUUUUAACUUGACAAUUCCAACUGACUAACAGAACAGUGGAUUUCCAUCCAGUAGUGGAUGCUCGAGGAUAGAUACAUGCCUUUGUAAGCAAACGCAGCCCCGCUGGUCGACACACUCUUGCCCUUUCCAGCAGCCACCUGCUCCUCAACCCCCUUCUAGACUCGUGUUUUCUCCACAACUCCUCCCGCAGUCAUUCUGAACCCACUUGCCGCAGCGCGUGCGCGCGCGCUUUUCAUGCCGAUGGCCCUCCCUGCCGCCGUGACGAGUCAAAACUGCAUCAGGGUUGUACGACGUUCCGAUCCUCGCGCUCGAAUACUACGAACACGAUGCGGCUCAUUCUAGGAAUGAGCAAGACGGUGGAAAGACGGGCCGCGCACACGCUCUCGAUCGCCAUGACACACAAAAGAGCGAACGACUAAAUGCCACGGGGGAAAACACUGCGACAGUCAGCUUGAUCAGCCACCGCUCAUCUAGAUUCUCCCUUGGAGUCAAAUCGUGCAGCUCCGACGAUCUCGCCCGACAAGAUGCCGACUUGCAUCGUACGUCGUCGGCCUUUUCUUUGUCGCCACUCCCAGGUACAUGCUCACUUGCGAGCAUCUCCAACCGUGUUCUUGAAGUCCUGGAAUUGGCGUGGAUGCGCGAUGUCGAGCGGGGACGUACAGGCCGAUGCGUCACUCGAGGCUGGGCCCCCAGGCAACUUGAAGGCGUUUCAUCUCCACCUAGUGAGACUCUAAGGCCGUCCCUUCGCCCAGGUGGACGGCUGAAGCUCAACGAAUGACGUCACUCCAUUCCACCUCUUCCUAAUCGCGAGCGCGGCAUUCAUGAAACAGGCUCUAAGCAAAGAUGGGGUGCAGAGAUUGCCCGAGCUGCGCCCGGUUUCUGGAGUCGUGUGCGUCACUUGCGCGUUCAUCGACUCUCUCGGCGGAGUCAUGAGCUUACUUAGUGCUACUCCCCAUGCUACUACUGCUGCUGGAACGCCUAUAAAGUGACGUCCAUGCGCAGGUCGAACUCAACAACACCCUUCUUCACACCAUGCAGUCUAACUACAAGAACGAAAACGAGCAAACAUUCAGCAUCCAGGACCGCGGAGUUGAGGGCGUCCAGAAUGACGCGGGUUGUGGAAACGACAACAAGGUGGAGGCGAAAGAACAAGCGCGCUGGGACCGUGGCACAAACAACGACGAGACCGACCCAUCUUCCGGACAGGCUGGCCACAACGCCGACGUUCCUCGCACUGACGGAACCGACGUAAACGAGAUGCACGCCGAUCGUCACGAUGAUGACGAGAAAAACCAGCGCUCGUCUGGAGCGACGGAUUCAUACGAGACAUCCGGAACCGAACGCGAUGCGCUUAGCGCUGGAUCAGACGCCGAUCAGCGUCAAGGCGACUUGACCAACGGCAGCUAUGACCAGCGGGAAGAGACGGCCCCCGACGCGAGCCGCGAUAACGCGUCCCAGCUCAUUGCUGGUGGACCUGGCCUGCAAGAAACGAAUGUAGCGGAACAGCGCGACCGGGACGGAGCGCAAGACCAGGCUUGCGCAACGGGUGGACAGACGGACGCCAAUAACGCGGACGAAGAUGCGAUUACUCGGACCACCAACGUCCAAGACAGAGAAGACCUCGCCCCUGCUGGUACCGAAUCGACCAUCAAUAACGACGGCGCUAAGCACUCUGAUGUGAACCCUCCUUCCACGGAUGCCGAUAACGAGCGCCCCACGACAGAAUCCGGCUCUGACGGGCUCGACUCUGUCAACGGGACCCACGCCAAGAAGGCCGGUCUCAGCGACAAGAUCGUCGGAGGCGCCGAGAAGAUUGCAGGCCGGGUCACCAAGAAUCCUGAUUUGCGAGAACGUGGCGAGGAUCGCAAGGCUGGGAUCGAGACAGUUGUCGAGUAGUGGCAUUUCAUUGGAGCCUAGUGGUUGUGUAACAUGAUGAUCUAUCCUCCGUUUUCAGUUCCCAGAAUCAGAGCCUUUAUGUGGGGGUCAGCAACUUGCGGACCGGUUGUGGUGAUGUCUCGAAAUUACACGCUCACAGCCUGCAUAUUUCGCAUUGGUCACUGGUCCUGACGAGCGAGCUUCUAAGCAGGUUUGAUUGCUCAAUAUCGCGAGUCUAGAGGCUUUGCCAGCAACUCAUAACAGUUUGGUCUCAUUGAAGCAGAUCCGAAAUGUAUGUAAUCAACCUCCGGACGGUGAUAAUCUAUCAUUCGAGGUUAGAUUAGUCCAACUCACGUGCCCGGUGGAUGGUCACAGUGCUGCCUGUGACUGCCUUCGUCGUCCGCCACAUGUCCCCACUAAUUUCUUGAAGACUCGGACACGCCGUACGGCAGUUGUAUGCCAUGUCGCGAGAGUAUUGUCGAUUAUCAAAGCGAACUGCGACUCGUAUACUCGAUAAAUCAUCGCCAACAUAAAGCCGAGCGUUGAGCGUUUCUGGCCCGAGCUGGCCACCAUCACGCACCCCGGAACCAGAAGCCUCUUCAUAGGCGCGUGGGAUCCGGUCAUCUGUUCAACAACCAGGCCCUUCCUCGACGGCAUAUACGUUGGAUGUGAGUACAACGCCGGUAGAACGGAAAAAUUGGAGAAACGAUGAGGUGACCUAUCAACCUUCCUUUGCAAUUCCGCUUAUGUAUAGUUCGUGCCCGGAUGCCUACCGCCGUACGAAAGCGGCAUGGGAGGGUCACUUGAAGGAAAGAUGCUUUGUAUCCGAGACGAUCUGAGCCUGGCUUCUAGUCACAGCAAGCGGAAUAAACGCGGGACACCUGAGCGGGCGGCCUUGCUCAUUGCUGAUUGGGUCAUCAUUCAUCUUGCUCUCCAGCCGUUUUUCCCAGCCAUGCAUCCGAUGACCACCAUGGAGAGGGUAUAAGAAGGGCUGCGUCUAUUCUAGACGACCAGAAGCUAAAAUGCAUCAACCUCUCCGCCAAGGUCUCGUCAACACUCCCACGACGCCCGAGGCGGCUCGCAAGCUGCAGGAGCUGCUGGCACGGGAUGCUCGAGAACAUCAUUGUUAUUUCGAUGACAUCGGGCGCAAGAACCACACUGCGCACCACUUGGUUGCAGCGUAUGACCUGGGUGCGACUGGGGCUUUCCUGGAGAAAAUCUACAAAGAAGAGAGUGUCAUUCUCCGGCCCCUAGGUCCCCAGCACGAUAUAUUCACUGACAAGACGUGGACGACGAGACUGGGCGAGCGACAGGCAUACGCGAGCUAUCUCCUCUUCUUUGAGAAGAAGAUCGAAGCGCUCGGGAUUCAGAAGACGAUCGAAGACUAUGUGCUAGCCCCGGCAGCGAACGCGAACGGCGCUGCGAUGCUGAGCCGUUUUUUCAGCGGCGCCGUGCAUCCGAUUAUUCACGUGGGGUUCGGCGUCGAGAUUGGUCAAGACUGUGUCGUUGCCCAAGGUCUCGCUCUGUGCGCUGUCGUGGAUGCCGACUUUGCCUCGAUCUUCUCUGGUCACCCCUCCGGCUUGCCGGAGCUUUCCGCCGCUCCUUCCAGUGGCGCAACGUUGUUGUCCAUCCUCCGCGAAGUCUACGAUUCGCCUUCGCUUGCACCCCUUGCUCCGUACAAUGCGCACGACAUGGGCGGGGCAGCAUUCAACCGAUUGACGGAGUCCCCCGCCCGAGGUGCUGAACUCCGUCGGCUGUACGCCCCGUGGUCGCUCGAUACAUCGCUGACUGAUUCCGCCUUCGAUGACGCGUGUGAGAAGAAGGUGGACGAGUGUUUCUGGCAGGCCACAUUGUUGACCGCGGCAGCGGGGCGCCCGGGGCGCGAGAAUCGGAUCGACUUCUUCCUCAUGCACACGCUGACCAGCGCCGUCGCGCUGCCGAGGGUAUUGGCCGCGCUCCCGAACAAGCUGCACAAGGCACAGCUACUCCAGGGCCACGCACUCGCAUCUGCGCUGUGGGCCAUCGCGCGCGGCCGCCCCCGUGUCAAUCCCGCGCUGCUGAUGUCGUAUCCCGACGUCGUCCCGGGCCACCCGGGCGGCGCGGCUAAUCCGUGGCUGCCGGUCACGCUCAAUGCUCUCGAGCACGCGGACUCGCAUGUUAUCAAGACCGUGCGGACGCUGUACUACGCUGCGCAGCGGCUCGGCCAGACGGGUGCGGGUGCGGUGCCUGGUGCGCUGGAUAGUGCUGGGAAGGAGACGCAUGAGGGGGUGAGCGGGCUUGAUGGGUCGGCCUUUGUGCGGGCUGCUAUCAUGACGAGCGAGACUCUCGGCUGGGUCGCGUUUGGGGGUAAGCCGGGGGAGUGGGAUCGUAGCUCUCUAGGAUGGGAUGCCGCGUGGGCGUGAUUGAAGCAAUCUCUGAAUAGGCUGAAAUGCCACAAGAUGUAUCUGAGUGAAUUGAAUGUACUCAGACCCCACUCAUCAGUGCAGGGGAGGUAUGUAAGUGGCACUGAAAGAGUCAUCAAGCUUUUUGCUCAGCGCCAUGACAUAUCGAUGCUCCACUACGCAUUCAUCUACAAAGCUGUUAGAUGACCUGUCUCACCAGAAUCCCCGACCAUGUUCUUCUGACUGGACGUGAUCCUAGAUGGCAUGCCCCAGGUGUGGAGACGAUGAGCAUCCGGAAUGGACUGUAGAAUGACGCGAUUCACUCGAGAUCCAGUCCUGGCAACGCACUGGAUCAGACUGGGCCUACUACAAAUCACAAAGAAGCACUCUUGCUGGAUUCUGAUAAUCGUACGCAUCGGAUCGCGUCUGUCUAUUCUAGUGGUUGGAUUGAAGGAUCUGUUUUCUAUUUUGAUCUUUCAUAGGCUUGUUGUGUGGGAAGAUCUGCACGUGCCUAUGAGAUAACGUGUCAAUUCGCGAUCACAUGCUC